UUGUCAAUUGUUGUUAAAAAAUAAUGCCUGUCAAAUUCUUAACGAAAGAUGGCGGCUCUAUACAAUUCGUUUGCGCAAGAAUUACUGUAACUGUAGACAAAGUCUCUUUUUCGGAUAAAGUUUUGGAGAUAUACAUCACCACCAAAACUUAAAAUGCAGAUCUUUGUGAAGACAUUGACGGGUAAAACCAUUACCUUGGAAGUUGAGGCUUCUGACACUAUCGAAAAUGUCAAAGCCAAAAUUCAAGACAAGGAAGGAAUUCCUCCAGAUCAGCAACGUUUGAUUUUCGCUGGAAAACAAUUGGAAGAUGGACGUACUUUAUCUGACUACAACAUUCAGAAAGAAUCGACCUUACAUUUGGUCCUUCGUCUUCGUGGUGGAGUUAUUGAGCCAACACUCAAGAUCCUGGCACAAAAAUACAACUGUGACAAGAUGAUCUGCCGUAAGUGUUACGCUCGUCUUCACCCUAGAGCGACUAACUGUCGUAAAAAGAAGUGCGGACACACCAACAACAUCCGCCCCAAGAAGAAGUUGAAGUAGACGUUUCAUCUUUUGCAAACAGGCUAUUCAAAUUACUAUCAAACUUGUUUAAUAAAUAAACAAUACCUUGUAGCCUGUAUAUUUAAUUUUGAUAUCCAAUAAAUAAUCAAAUGGA